GAGGAAGAGGAGGAUGGGGGUGGAGGAGGGGUCCAGGAGCCAGAUGAUGCUGAUGACAGUGAGAGGAGGAGGGGGAGGAGGAUCCUGUUCGCCGGCAGCAGCAGCAGCAGCAGCUCCAUCUCCAUCCCAUGCGUCUGGAGGAAGAAUUCAAACAACGGAGUCACAUCCCAACAUGUGCUAGCUUCAGUCUGUAGACAUCGCAGCCUGGUCCCAGACGGAGCUGAAGAUGCUUCCCUGCUCGUCCUCUGCGCAGAUGGAGGGAUGCGAGGAGGAGAGAGACGCGCACAUGCACACGGAGUGCCACAGACUGACGGAGGAGCGGGACGAGGCCGAGAGACAACUCAAACACAUCAAGAGAGUGUCUCAGAUGGUGAUUGAGGAGGUGAGCGUCCUGCAGACUCAGCUGGACAUCGAGAAGUCGUGCCGGGAAAAUGCAGAGGCCGUGGCCACAAAGCUCAACUGUGAGAACAGGAAGUUGAAGUACCUGAGCCUGUCGUCUCGGACGUCUCUGGACGAGCUGCUUCCCAGCAUCUCGGACUGCAUCGCACUGGAGACCGACGCAGACGCUGCAGACGCUGCAGACGCAGCAGACGCCAGCCCAGACACCUUCAUACAGUAUCAACAACAGGUCAAAGAGCUGAGGGACACGGUGACCGGCUUGUUGGACGAGAAGAAGAAUUUUGUUUGUCAGAUCCACGACCAGCAGAAACGGAUAGAUGAGCUGACCAAUCAGUCAGAGAGAAAUCAGACGGAGAUGAAGGAGCUUCGUGAAACUGUCGAGAAGCAAAGUAAAACCAUCAAGAGAUUCAACAGAGUCUCCAUGAUGGCCACUCAGGAGUACGAUGGGAUGACGGAGCAACUGGACCUGGAGCAGAACCUGAGGGUCAAAGCUGAGACCUACGCACACGAGAUGCUGGUGAAGCAGAAGGAGGCCAACAGGCAGAGCAUGCUGCUGCUGCAGAAUGCUGAGCCCAGCGUUCAGCUGCUCAAAGCUCUGGAGGACGUGGCAGCCAUCACCAAAACCCUGGAGGACGAGCGUCUGCAGCAUCAGCAGAAGGUGCAGAGUCUGGAGGCCCAGCUGGAGCAGAGCUCUGUGAAGGAGCAGCUGGAGGCGCUGCAGAGGCAGCUGGAGCUGCUGGAGGUGGAGAAGAAGGAGGUGGAGGGACGGCUGCAGCAGGUGGAGACAAAGAACGAGGGGCUGGAGAACAGAGUCUACGAGCUCCAGGAGACCCAGAAAAAGAUCACCAUGACGACCAGCACAGCACCCCCUCCCCCUGAACCUGGAGUGGCCCCACCUCCCGCUCCUCCCCCACAGCCGCCUCCUCCCCCUCCUCCUCCCCCGCCACCGCCUCCUCCACCCCCGUCCAGAUGCAAUCCCCUCAGUUCUCUGAUCGCCAUCAUGAGAAAGUCUUCAAAAGGCUCCAAAGCCUCUGUGAAGGCAGAGGAGCCUGCAUCUUCUGAGGGCUCGGACGACGUGAAGGUGAAGGCGGUGAACGAGAUGAUGGAGAGGAUCAAACACGGAGUCGUCCUGCGGCCGGUCAAGAGCCAGGGCAGCAAGAAACAAAGCACCUCAAAGUUCGUCCCUGCUUCGUCACCAAAUCCACAGAGACCAGCAGUAAAACCGCCUCCACCGUGUGAGGAGAAACCACAGGAGAGCGCCAUGGAAGAACUGAAAGGCAUCCUGGAGACGGUGAAGAGGAGCCCGAGUCGAGGCUCUCAGGAGUCGGGCCCCUCCCCUCCGGGGAAGAAGGACAGCGAGCUGGAGGUCAUCCUGAGACGCAGACGUAACAAGGCAGGCGAGGCCGGAGCUGCAGACGACGGCCAGUUGAGCCACGUCUCCUCCUGCGACAGCCUGAACUCGAGCAAAGAUCCGGAGGCGCCGGGGGGGCUGAGCGCCUCCUCCGACCCGGCGGCAGCCAGGUUGAGCUCAGAGAGACGGGGCUCCGGGCCGGGACCUAUCGUGGCCCGGAGGAAGAGCUCUGACACGGGCAAGCAGGCCAGAGCCGGCUCCUGGCAGGAGAGGAGGUCCUGCAGCUCGCUGUCUGAGAGGGAGACGGCAGAGAACCAAUUCAGCAACGGCUGCGUCAACAGCGCUGGGAAGGAUGAUCAGAAUGUCCAGUCGAACGGAGUUGACCACGGAGAACCUGGUGAGAACGCACACGCCACCGUCUGCGCCGGUCCGGUCAAUGGCAGCGCCGAGUGCUAAGGUGGAGGCCGAGGAUCCUGGGUUUGGUUUCAUAUCUAUCAGAUUAUUUGAUGGAUACGGCCGAUGUCACUGAUAUUCACUCAGAUCAGAAGAUGUUUGGUUCAAUCCCAUCAAAACAAACCAACAGUUCUGGUUCAAGUAUUUCCUGAAGAGUUUCUUGCUUCACUGACACACGUUGAAGUUGAGUUCAAACAUCUCCUGUGAACGAGUGAGUUUAGAUCCUGUUCAGGUUGUGCUCGCUGUCGAUCUCCAGCCUCUGUAGAAACCUUCUCCAACUCAGACUUUCACUGUUAAGACAUAAGUCAACUUUCAUUGUUUUCAGUCCAAACCAGUUUGAGCAUCAAAUAUAUGCGGAAGUUCAUUCAUUUAAAAAUAAAAAAACAAUGUAAACGACAGUGAAUAUCUCCUAUCUUAGCAUUUUUUCAUAUAAAGGCAGUUGUUGCCAACGUAGACUGUAAAUAAAGAUGGAAGGUUCCUCACACUGUACAAAUAUAAAGCUAAAAUAUCAGAUACAGUGCUGCCUGCUUGUGCUGGUGACGACAGUGAGUCAGUGUGAAGUUUCUACAGUGAGAUGGUGUUCUGAGUUUUUAUCAAUCUACUGUACGUCAGUUAUUUUUUCUUAGAACAAACCCGUGGAUCCUCGAGGACGAAAUGACUGAACGUUACGAGGGAAGCUGCACCUUUUUUUUGCACCGAGCCUCAGUUUUCUUCAAACACUUCGACUUGUACGACGACUGCGAAGCUUUAGGUUGAUGUUUUUCUUUGUUUUCUCUAUUCGAUGACACAAAGGUCUUUGUGUCAUCAGAAGGAAUGCGCUGUGCCGGACUGUUAAAGAUCCAACUUCACCUCCAGGGUAAAAAAAUAGUCCAGAAAUCCCUGCACGUGGAAGAGAAGCACUUCCAUGUUUUCUGCAGAGGAUUUCUCACGUCCAGGUUUCAGCAGGUCGACUAUCAGUGUGUCUGAGGUUUGAUGUGGAAAUCAGACAAAUGUGGGAAAAGUAAUAAUUCAGGUUUUGAAAGAAAAGAACAAGAUGUUUCUCCAACAACAGAAAAGACAGUAGGUGGGUUUCCAUCAUGGUUCAUGCAGAUUUGUUAUUUACGGCGAGGAAAUGCAAGAAAUUCAAAAGACAUCCUGAAAUGUUGAAAGAAAACUUGUUAUGCUCGACUGAGAUGGAAGCAGACGAAUGGAAAAAAACAUCACAACAUGAAUCAGGUUGUUAAAACGUCCAAUGAGAGAAGAGAUGAAAACUGAUCUGUGACAUUUCUCGAAUUAAUACAGAGAAAUGUCUUAUUUCAAUGUUUCUCGAGUAAGUGACUUAUCAGCAGAAGAAGAAACUCAUCCAACAACCUAGAUAAUAAAUAGCAUUAAAUAUAUAUAUGAACCAAAAAGAUUCUCUCUUGAGUUACGUGUGCCUUCUUUUCUUUUUCUGCGUCUUUGUGGACCGAGCAGCUGCAAGAAAAAUGUGUUGGCCGCAUUCUGUAAUAGCUUCGAUGCAUCUGACUGAAUCACAAAUGGCGCUAUCUGCUGUUUAUCUUAAUAACUUCUCAUAUUGGUGUGUAGCAUUCGUGGACACAAUCUGCAAAUCACAUUUUCUUUUGAAAUGUGGAUACAUUUGUUCCGUAUCUGGAUGGAAACCCACCGAACAUCACAACUAAAUCACAGCUGACGGAAAAGUUCUCAGGGUCCAUGGGACAAAAUGUCACCAAACCCACAUCAGGGGCCUUGACGAGAAACAUCUGGGAGAAACCAACUGAGCCAUUGUUAUUUUAAACUCUUGGUGAAAAGGGUCUUCGGAAGGCGUCCGGUGUUUGUGCACUUUCUCUGCCUCUAAACCUUCAGGUCCUGAAUCACUGUGUUGUUAAAACCCAUGAGACACGUCAUCGUCCCUCCACCACAGAUAAGACGUCUUCCACACACCUCCUGUGUGCCUGUAUGCACAUAUACUCUGAGACGCCCCCCUGCUGUGUCUGUACUCGGUCGACUCGCUCACCGCCACGUGCAUUCCUUGACUUUUAUUUUGUAGGGCCUGCUGUCUAUAUAUAGCUUUUCCUGACACUCGAUGCAACGUGAAGAAUAAUUUUGAAGAGUAUGCAAUUACAUAAGGCACAUUUGUAUGAUGCUUUCACACCUUGUCGAUAUUUCUUAAAACACAGACUCACAUUUACAAGUGCAUUUCGUUCUUUAGGUGUAUUUAUUCUAAUGCAAAGGACCAGAUGUCACUGAGCAGCCAGGCUGCACAGGAAACCACCCUCGGAGCUCUGACAGCUGCCUCUGGCCUGAGCAUUAUGCAUAUCAAGGCUUUGCACAGGCCUCAGAGGGCCGGGGGGGGGGGUGGCCUGCAGCUGGGGUGUGUCAGGUCCUCGUACUGAUGUCGACCUCGUGGCUACUUAAAGGGAUUUACUGCAUCCGACAGAGUUUGGGUGACGAUAGAUAUUGUGUGUGUUUGGGAAAUAAAUGGAGUGUUAAAGGUUUUUUAAAACAUGGAUUUUCAUUUUAGCAUCACUUGAAAUAAAUUGCAAAUCGAAAAGAAA